ACAGCCAUGACGGACUCCAAAGAGAUGACCAUCAACUUGGCCCUCUUUGGCAUGACCCAGAGUGGAAAGAGUUCUGCUGGAAACAUUCUUCUGGGAAGCACUGACUUCCACAGCAGCUUUGCUCCAUGUUCUGUGACCAAAGAUUGUAGUCUGGGUCGCAGUUGUCACCUCCAUGGCUUCAUGCGUCGAGGGGGGCAAGAGAUAACCCUGCAGGUCCGGGUGUUGGACACUCCAGGUUAUCCUCACAGCAGGCUGAGCAAGGAGCAUGUGAAGCAGGAGAUCAAAGAGGCCCUGGAACAUCACUUUGGGCAAGAGGGUCUCCAUCUUGCACUGCUGGUCCAGAGAGCAGACACGCCCCUCUGCGGACAAGAGGCAUCUCCCCCGGUCCAGAUGAUCCAGGAACUUCUGGGACAUGCUUGGAAGAAUUAUACGGCCAUUCUUUUCACCCAUGCAGAUAAACUAGAAGAGGCUGGGUUCAGCGAAGCUGAAUACCUACACGAGGCCUCUGAUACGCUGCUAACCCUACUAAACUCUGUUCAGCACAGAUAUAUUUUCCAGUAUAAAAAAGGAAACUUGCUUAAUAAACAAAGAAUAAACAUCUUAGAAAAAAUCAUGGAGUUUAUAAGAGAAAAUAGUUACCAAGUUCUUACCUUUAAAUAAAAUUUAGAUAAAAGGAAAAGAGCAUUGGGUUUUAAUGUCAGAAAGCUGGUUUCAGGAGCUCCUUUGUUAGAAAGGAUGUGAGAAUCCCUGAAUCCUGUCAGCGAGAGUGCAUAAUGGUAUAAACACUAUGGAAAUUAUCCAAACGUUCAUCAACAGUGGCAUGGAUAGCAAAUUGUGGCAUUGCACACAAUGACAUGUUAUGUGGUAAUGGGAAUGAACAAACUGCAUGUAACAAUAUCAAUGAAUUGCCCAAACAUAAUCCUGAAAGAAGCCUAACAUACUCCAUCAAUGUUGUCACAAACUUGAUUUUCAACAUUUGAGUACCCAGUUCAUAUAUUCUUGUCGUCAGUUGGUG